CUAAUAUACUACCCUGCCAGUUGUACAGUGAAGCCUACACAGAUCAGUUAUGAAACAUGAAAUAAAGAAAGAAAUAACAGAAAGUCUGCUGCAGUUCUAUAAACAUGGGAAGUGGAAGAGUAUCAUUGAUUUGUUUCAUGAGGAAGUUGAAGAAGGAAAAGAGAGUUUCUAUGAUGAGCGUUACCUCUGGGUACGACCUUCUGAGGAUAAUCUACAGUUCAUCAAGCAACAAAUUGUGAAAGCUGGAUGCUGUCAGCUUGUCAGCAUUGGAUGUGGAAGUGGGCUACUAGAAUGGCUUAUAUGCACAGCUACAGGUUUGGAGGUGACUGGUAUAGAAGUGGACCGUGGUUGGUGGGAAUCUCCAUAUGCUCCUCCAGUUUUUCUUCCGUUAAUUUAUGCAGAUGAAUCAUAUGACAGUGAUAUCACUACCAACAAGAAUGCAGCUCUCCUAUUUUGCUACUUCAAUGAUGGAUCUGCAUUUUCUGAAUAUAUGAGACAAUAUCAGGGUACCUGUUUCAUCGUGAUUGGUCCAGGAGAAGGGAGAGGUACACACACACACCCAGCACCUUUUAAUAUUCAACUUGAAAGUGAAUUUACUUGGAAAAUGGCAGCUUAUCAAGAAGUUCAACACACAAAGGACUUCAUUGCUAUAUAUGUGAAAUCUUAGUCGGAGCCUGAAAUAUCUCCUAGUCACAGUUCAAGGAUAAAUUCUUCACGAUAGUUCACUCUAAAGAGGUCAUUUUGGACUCUUCAGACAAGACCAGUGUUGGACUGAGUUAAACAAUUUAAAAGAGGAAACUGAAACUGGAUCUCUUAGUGUAUCAUAUGCUAAAAUAAUAAAUGUAAGAAUGUUAACAUAC